AUGGCUGCGGGCAAGCGUGGGGGCCGGGGCGCCAACAAGCGGCGGCGGCAUGGGCUCGCCGCGGCGGUGCAAGCGCUGCAGGCCCUCGACAGCCGCCUCUCCAACGCCCUCUUCCGCCACGGCAGCGGCGUGCCGCGCCUUGUGUGGAAGCUGUUUGAGCUGAGCGGCGACGGCCUGGUGUGGCUGGCGCUGGUGGUGUGGCAGGUGAUGCACCCCAAAACGCCGCAGACCGUGCGUCACGCCUGGAUCGCCUUCCUGCUGUGCUGGGCCAUCGACCUGGUGCUGGUGGGCUUGCUCAAGGCCAUCGUACGGCGCAGUCGGCCCGUGUACAACGUGCUAAACGACAUGACGGUGGUGGUGGCAGUGGAUGCCUUUUCCUUCCCUUCGGGCCACAGCAGCAGGCAAGCGCGUGUGGUCUCCUUUGUGGCAGUGUUUGCGCCGGUGGUGCUGGGCCACACCCAGCCCUGGCUGCGGCACUACCUGUCUGAUGUCCUCGCUGGGCUGGCCAUUGGAUUUGUGACGGUCGGCAUCGCCACCAUGGGGCAGUACAGUACGGCUGGGCUGGUGGUGACCGAGGCGCACAGCGACGCGACGUAUGCGGCACUGCGGAGCCUGCUGUCGCCCUCCCGCGGUGUCAACACCCUGCCCAUUGUUUGA